CCGGUCUAUCGUUUGACUUUAUCGUUUUUCGUGGUGUUCGCACUCGCAGCCUGGUAGUUUCACCGGAUUAGUUCUCGCGCCUUGGAAUCCUCGAUUUUCUAGGCAUUUUUUAUCACAUACAUCACAAUGGCUGAAAAGCAGCAGAAGACGGAGACUAAAGUUAAGGACGCUAAGGAGGAGACCGUCGAGAAAAGGAAGAGUGGCGGACGCGUAGGACGAUUAUAUUCCAAAGCUGUGUUUGUUGGCUUCCGAAGAGGUCUCCGGAAUCAACAUGAACACACCGCGCUGCUGAAAAUUGACGGGGUUUUCACACGGAAGGAUGUUCAUUUUUACCUUGGAAAACGGACAGCUUUCGUUUACAAAGCCAAAAAUGCGACAUCCACACCGGGUUCCUCACAGAAAUCCCGUCUUCGUGUGAUCUUCGGCAAAGUCACCCGACCGCACGGUAACAGUGGUGUUGUGCGCGCCAAAUUCCGCCGGAAUCUGCCUCCUAGCGCCAUGGGACGACGUGUUCGCGUGAUGCUGUAUCCAUCAAACGUUUAAACUAGAUGCUGGAUGUUUUCAUAUUUGUUAUUGUCUUCGUGACUGCUCUUCUCCAUCAGAGUUGAUCGAUCAGUUUAAUAAAGUGUCUAGUGGCGGAAA